AUUUUCAUCAGACAUCCGCUUCAGCAAUCAGCAUUCAGCAUUCAGCAUACAAUUAUUAUCGAAAAACAUAACCAUCUGUUUUCUGCAUUUUUUCAAUUAUUUAAAUUAUUAUUAACAAAUAGAAAUGACGUCACCCGUUAUUAAAUAUGUAGGAAGGACGACAAAUUUUAAAGGAAAAACGCUGUGGGAAAUUGUUGGAAGUCUUAAAAAUUAUGGUGUAGGGAGAAUAAUCGUUCGAUCCGUGUUUCAACGUUACUCCGAGCCAAGUUUCAUGAAGAUUAUAAAAGUAGAAACUUGUCCAGACGAAGAAAGGCGAAGAGUUCGAGUAUGGGUAGAAAAAACUUUUAGAGGCAGAAAACUUCCUAACUUAACCGAAAUUUAUAAAACAUCCUAUAAGCCCGAUUAUAAUCUCAUUCCAAAAGAUGAAGAAGCUAAAUUAUUUGAAUCAGCUAAAAUUUAUGAAAAACUACCUGAAGCAAUUUUACCUAAUGCUAUUGAAAUGCCACCACUAAUGAAGAAAUUUAUUGUGAAAGAUCACGAAAAGAAGGGAUUAGAGACCAUUAAGGAAUUUGUUAUGCCUAUUGCAUACAAUCAUAGUCCAAACCGAGUACACAGAAUUGCUAAAGGUGACGAAAAACCCACAGUGCAGUUUACUAUGUCUCUUGGAAAACCCGUGAGUCCCUCAUUGUAUGAGGGAAUACAGUUACAAUAAUAAAUUUAUAAUAAUGCUCAAGGUUUUUUAACAUAAAACUAUUAAGUAGUUUUAAUAAUUAUUAGUUUAAUAAAACAUAUUAGUUCA